AUGGAUGCCGGUACAAGCGCGACAUUUCCUUACGACACGCUUCCAGAUGGAGCAAUUCGCCUGCUCGAAAUCACCAGAUCUAGGGACGACCCGGCAUCUGUGGACUUGAUCCUUGAAACAAUUUUCCUAAACGCUGCACCUGCCUUCAACUGCUUGUCCUAUGUCUGGGGCUCCAACCCCGACCCUCCGCUGUACCAUGUUGCUUGCACCGAUAGGACCACAAGCACGCACGGCUGGCUACCCGUGGCACCCAAUCUGCUCGGCGCCUUGCCUUGGCUUCGAGUCCAUUCCUCCGGCCCCAUCUGGAUCGAUGCCAUCUGUAUCAACCAGGCCGACGCUGACGAGAAAUCUUGUCAGAUACCUAUCAUGGGCGAACUUUACAGUAAGGCCAAGCAAGUCCUGGUGUGGCUAGGGCCUGCCGCUGACGCGAGUGACCUCGGUCUGAAUGUCUUAACCUGGCUCGGCUGUCCUGACCGUCGGCAGGACGUAGAACCCUCUAUAGCAGCGUACGACGAUCAACUUACAGGGCAGCUUCCCGCUAUAGCGAGCACACUCCAACGCUCUCGGGAAUCCACCCAGUGGCAUGAUAGCGAAUUAGCUCGUCGCGGCCUACCAAACAGGCGCUCAGCCGUAUGGUCGGCUCUAAGAUCUCUGUAUGCCAGAGAAUGGUUCAAUCGCCUCUGGACCUUCCAGGAGCUCAAGCUUGCAAGAAACGCAGUUGUGCUUUGCGGUUCGCAUUCUCUGGACUGGGCGAUAUUCCUUGAUCUAGGCCUCAAGCUGUACGAUUCGUCCUUGGUGGCAGUUAUUUCAGCUCCGGCAUCGAGUAUCAUCUCCACGGUGGACGAUCUGAAGCUUUCCGCACAAAAUCUAUAUGCCUUAGCACGCCCAAUUGGCGCGGGUGGUUCCUUCCUGAUAGAUAUGAUCCAGUGCAGCAUUGGACGCCAAUGUCUCGUCAAAGAGGACAGAGUAUAUGCGUUACUGGGCCUUUUGCCACACGAGCUCCAGCACAAAAUACCUGCUGUCUACAACCAAGAGUCAGACCAUUACCUCGGCGUGUAUGUUCAAUUCAUGGAAGUAAUGAUCGAGUACCUCCCAUGGGAAUCGAUGGACACCAUACUACUUGCAGCAACAGUUUCGGGCAGGCCGCCAGGUAUGCCUUCGUGGUGCCCGGAUUGGAGCGCCAUGCAUCAUUCCAACCCACGCGAGGGUACCGGCGACGCUGGCUCGAGCCUGGGAGAGGCCUUUCACCAGCUGGACUCAACGCGAGAUCAUUCCCUUCUCGUCCUUGGAGCCAGUAUUGAUGCUGUCAAAGAUGUGCUUGGAGACCUAACAUGGCACCGAGAGAGCGAAAUUAUGCAACCGGCCAACGCUCUUGGAUCGCUCUCAACAAUUCUGGCAUGGAUGAAUCGCUGCUGGGCAAUGACCGAACAGACGAUGCCUGGGGAUCGAGUACGAUGUUUGUCGGACUUUUGGUGUACCAUGGCCGCGGUGACCUCGUUGGAAGUCGACUCUAUCCCCAACUUCGCAGAUCCAGCGGCACUGCCUCUGCUGAACGCUCUGCUUGAGUCUGUACGUGGUGGCGGGCUAGUCAAUUGGGUCGCGAUGCCCGCAAUGCGCCGACAAACCAUCACCAGUGCAAUCGGAGUCAUUAUCGGACUCUGGGUCAACAAAGUCUUCUUCACGACUACUCGCGGCCGGAUCGGAUGUGGUACUGUUGGAGCCCAAGCAGGGCACGGCAUCUUCGUCCUUUCUGGACAACCUGCUGUUUACUGCCUGCGAGGAGACCCAGAACAGUCAUCUAUCUUCACGUCGAGAGCCUUUGUUCCUGGCUUGAUGAACGGAGAAGCAAGUGGUUUGGUGCAGCCGGAGGAUUUCAAGAUGUUGCGGAUAGGCUGA